GGUUGAUCUGUUUUCUGAGUUCCACUGACGACUGACCUCUCUCUCCAUCCUUCUCACUCACUUACUGUCAAAGCCACAUUUUUCUGGGCGUUCACUGAUGACAAGCAAUGUCUCUGUACAGAAAUCUCAUGUGGUUUUUAAAAGGAAUAAAGGAGUAUACAAGAGAUGGGUACCAGUUGGCGUCUAGAGGCUUUGUAGUGGAAGACCUCGUUGUGUCUGCUGUGGGGAGGUCCUUCAUGAUCACUGGAGCUAACAGUGGCAUCGGUAAAGAGACCGCCAUGGCUAUCGCAAAGAAAGGUGGGACCAUCCACAUGGUGUGUAGGAACAAGGAUAAAGCUGAGGUGGCUAGGGCAGAGAUUAUCAGGGAAUCUGGCAACCCAGAAGUACAUGUCCACAUACUGGACAUGUCGGAAUCAAGCCAAGUGUGGGAGUUUGCAGAGAACUUCAAGAGGCAGUACCCCUCUUUAAAUGUGCUGAUCAACAACGCAGGUUGUAUUGUAAAUAAGAGAGAGAUGAACUCCAAUGGACUUGAAAAGAACUUUGCUACCAACACUCUGGGAGUUUACAUCCUCACCCAGAGCCUCAUCCCUCUCCUCCUGAAGAGCCGAGGUCCUAGGGUGAUCACCGUGUCCUCGGGAGGCAUGCUGGUCCAGCGGCUCAGACCCCAUAACCUCCAGUCACUGGGGGGGCACUUCUUCAAGGGCGCCCGGGUCUACGCCCAGAACAAGAGACAGCAGGUGGUGCUCACAGAACACUGGGCCAAAACCAACCUCGUCAUCCACUUCUCUGUGAUGCACCCUGGGUGGGCUGACACACCAGCCGUGUCUGGGUCGAUGCCCCAGUUCCGCCAGAUGAUGGGGGAGCGUCUGCGUACUGCGGUCCAAGGAGCAGACACUGUGGUGUGGCUGGCUCUUUCCGGGGCAGCUGCUGCCACACCCAGCGGCAGCUUCUACCAAGAUCGUAAGGUUGUCCCGACCCAUCUGCCUAUGGCUUGGACAUACAGUUCUACCAAAGACGUCCAGAAAUUCCUAGCUCAGCUGGACACCCUGGCCCAGAAAACCAAGCCACAGCCCAAGCCCGCGGACCCCCAGCCGGGCAGCCCCACAGAACCCAGGCGGGCGCUGGAGGCCCAGCAGCUCGUAUAGACCCACCCAACAGUUAUUACAUUAAGAUCAACAAAUGCCCUUUGUGUCAUCUCAAUAAUAAAUUACUUGAAGGUUGUUCGCUCGGUUGAACAGAAAAACCUUCAGAUUAAAUGUCUUGCUCUUG